UCUAUCUGCUGCGGACACAGUGCAUCAAUUCUAUUGCUGGCCUCUGCAUCUUCCUCCACACUUCUACAUUUUGGUGAGUGACCUACUCUCUAAGGGUUCUCUGUCGUUCAGUCUCUUUCCAGAUACCACGCCGGAGAACCUACUAGGCCUUUACUUGACUCUGGUUGCUCGUCACUUCUCUCUAGAGGGCUCGGUGGUAAGUUGGGACACCGCUUCCAUUCAGUAAGCCCUCCUUCACUCACUAAAUUUUCCUCUUAAGUUUUUCUCUUUUACAUUUCCAAUGGGUUGUUGUAAGUCACGCCCAAAGGAGGAAACUCCAUUGAAAUGCCUCCUGCGUUCCCUGGAUGUCUUGUCUAUUGACUGCAUCAACAAGAAACAACUGAUUUAUUAUUGCACUCAAGUUUGGCCACAGUACCAACUGGAUAAUCGUUCUCGAUGGCCCAAAGACGGGACUUUUGACUACGUCAUUCUCAGAGAUUUAGACGAUUUUUGCCGUCGUAAUGGUAAAUGGUCUGAGGUCAUUCAUAUUCAGCCAUUCUUUGCUCUCCGGGACAACCCUGCCCUAUGCCAAUCAUGCCCGGCCUUUCCACUCCUCCUGGCACGUGGAGAACCCAGCUCUGAUAGCGCAGGGCCCCAUCCGGAGCCUGAUGUGGCUGACCCUCUUUUUGACUCUGCCCCUCUUCCUGCUGAGCAUCUGGUGCCUUCCCCACCUUCUUCACUCUCCUCUCCUUCACCCUCUCUCUCUUCCCCCCCUGCAGCUCACACCCGGUCUCGCACUGGUGGCACACAACCUCCACCAGACCCCAUGUGCCCUUUGCGAGAGGUGGCAGGGGCUGAAGGUGUAAUUAGGGUGCAUGCGCCAUUCUCAAUGUUUGAUAUUGCUCAGAUUGAGAAGAGGCUGGGAUCUUAUGCCCAAGAUUCUAAUAAUUAUGUUAAGCAGUUUAAGAACCUGGCUCAGACCUAUGACCUUACUUGGCAGGACAUAUAUCUAAUACUAUCCUCUACCCUUACUGCUGAGGAAAAAGAAAGGGUGUGGACUGCAGCCCAGGCACAUGCCGAUGAAGCUCACCGCCUAGAUAUUAACUUUCCAGUGGGAGCAACAGCUGUGCCUAGGGAAGAGCCCAAUUGGAAUUAUCAACAUAAUGCUCCUGGGCGGGAAAGCAGAAAUAGGAUGAUAACUUGCUUAGUGGCUGGCCUUCAAAAGGCAGCCUAUCUCCCUGUUAAUUAUGACAAAUUAAACCACAUUACUCAAAGGCCCAAUGAAAACCCGGCAGAAUUUCUUGAGCGCCUUACAGUAGCGCUCCAGCGCUAUACAAGGCUGGACCCAGAGUCACCAGAGGCUAAGGUGGUUCUCAAUACGCAUUUUAUUGCCCAAUCAGCCCCUGAUAUUAGGAAAAAGUUAAAAAAGGCUGAGAACGGUCCUCAGACCCCUCAACGAGAUCUGGUGAGUAUGGCAUUUAAAGUUUUCAAUAAUCGAGAGGAACAGGAGAUUGCCGAUAAGACUGCCCGUGAGAGGGAGAACUAUCAAAUCCUGGCUGCUGCCAUCCGGCCUCCUCUGAGGAGAGGCACCCAACAUACACCACCUGGAGCAUGCUUCAAGUGUGGGCAAGAGGGCCACUGGGCGAAAUUCUGUCCCUCACCACGACCUCCACCUGGACCCUGCCCAAGGUGUGGGCAGCAAGGACAUUGGGGAGUCGAUUGCCCCUCCUCACCUCCACAAGGUAGGCCAGCCCCUCCCCCACCCCGCCCACCCAGGCAGGCGGAGCCAGACAGGUCGGAGAUUUUCUGCUUGGCUACAGAAUGAAGGUGCCCAGGGCCACCUGCUCCCAACAACCAGACCAUCACAAUGACGGAGCCCAGGGUGUGUUUCUAUGUAGCCGAUACCUCCUGGUACCACCCACUUCUCAGUGCUGGACCUCAAGGAUGCAUUCUUCACAAUCCCCCUGCAUCCCGACUGCCAAGAUUUCUUUGCUUUUACUUGGGUGGACCCAGACACUUCAAGGGCACAACAGCUGACCUGGACGGUCCUCCCUCAAGGGUUCCGAGACAGUCCCCAUUUCUUUGGACAGGCUUUAGCAAAGGAUCUCCUCUCUCUUCAGGUGUCUCCUAGCAUUGUUCUCCAGUAUGUGGAUGAUCUUUUGCUUUGCAGCCCUUCCUUUGAGUCGGCUCGCCAACAUACAGCUGACCUCCUCAACUUCCUGUUGACAAAAGGAUAUAGAGUCUCUCCUUCAAAGGCCCAGAUAGCGAAGUCAGAGGUAACAUACUUGGGUUUGUCCAUAACUCCUACAGAGAGAAGAAUUACUCUUGAUAGAAAAGCCUACAUUGAGUCUCUCUCUGUCCCACAGACCAAGGAGGACAUUCUGUCUUUCCUGGGACUUGCAGGCUUCCUUCGUAUUUGGAUACCCGGUUUUGCCACAUUGGCCAAACCUCUUUAUGAGGCAUCCAAAGGUUCCCUAUUGGAGCCACCAGACCCCACAAAGCCCAUUGACACCCCAUUUAAAGUUCUGAAGCAAGCGCUUCUUCGGGCUCCAGCACUGGCUCUACCCAACCUCAAGGAACCCUUUAUACUCUAUGUCACUGAGAAGUGGGGAAUUGGCCUUGGGGUUCUUGGACAAAUGUCAGGCCCCUCCUUUAGACCUGUGGCCUACCUCUCAAAACAGCUAGACCCAACGGUAAAAGGCUGGCCAGCAUGUCUUCGAGCUUUGGCAGCAGCAGCCACCUUAGCACAGGAGAGCACAAAACUCACUUUUGGCCAACCCACUACCAUUCGCUCUCCCCACAGACUAAAGGACCUUUUGUCUCAUAAA